CCUUCACAAACACAACUCACUUCCCUUUAUUUGCUUUCGCCAUUCAAACCGCUCUAAUUCCGAUACUUCUCUUUCUCUGAAAGAAAAAUGGCGGAGGAGAAGCGUGACGUGGAGGUCAAGGAACUGGAAGCAGAGAAGCCUCAGGAGACGGUGGAGGCGGUGGCUGCCGAAUUCGAUCAGAAAGUUCAUGUGACGGAGGAGGAGCAGGAAACGGACAAGAAACACCGCCUGUUGGAGAAGCUUCACAGAUCAGACAGUUCGAGUUCUUCGAGUGACGAGGAAGAAGGGGCCGAGGGAGAGGAGGAGAAGAAGAAGAAGAAAAAGAAGGACAAGAAGGAGGAGGAGGAGAAGAAAGAGCAGGCAGAUGAAGAUCACGUGAUCCCGAUCGAGAAAUGCGAAGAAGAGAAACCAUCUGAGGAACAGAAGAAAGGGCUCCUUGAAAAGAUCAAGGAGAAGCUUCCGGGCCACGGAACCGCCAAGAAACCCGAGGAACAGGCGGUGGCAGAGGCCGCGGCCCCCGAACAACACCAGCCGGAUAAAAAGGGUUUUCUGGAGAAGAUCAAGGAGAAACUUCCCGGGUAUCAUCCCAAAACCGAUGAAGACAAGAAGGAGAAGGAAUAAUCCGCUUCAUCCCAUUGAGAAACAUCGAUCCGAUGGUUGUCAUGCCCUUGAAUGCUUCUGUUUUGUUUUGUCUUUGAUUUGUGUUCUUUCGGUUUACAUGUUUUACAUUUACGUACGAGUGCUUGUAUAAUGCAAAAGAAGCUUUGUUUGAUGCUUUAGUUCAUGUUUCCAGGUUGCGUUA